GGCUGAGCCAAUCAGAGUAGGACAUUGCAAAUAGGAUUUGCAGAUUCUGGGACUGGGAUAGAUGAUGAUCGCCAAACUUUCUCUGUAAAAGACCAUCUCUGCUGUAGCCUGUGUCUCCGACUUGCCAUAGCAACUAAUCUUCAUCCCUGCGGCUGCAGCAUCUUCUCCCUAAAGUCACCAAAGAAACACACUCCUUCUCUGCGAUAAACCGGGCGCUCCAGUGAGUAGCACAACAAACACUGUGGGGCCACGACGAGUCGGCGGGCUGUCUGAAAAACUUCAGUCACCCAGAAGUUUGCCCAGAGGAAAAAACGCCGGGCCGCCUUUCUCCUCAGGUAAAUGAUGGUGUGUGUGUUAGUUCCUCUCGUCUUGACUGUCCUCCUGACUGAGACGUCUGCUUCACUGUCAUCUUCAGCAGGGACGGAGCAGGUCUUUUCAUGCCCACCUCGGUGGCUCCUGUUUGGUCAGAGAUGCUUCGCUUUCUACCCUGUGUGGAGCUCCUGGAGCACUGCCGAUUUAUUGUGCUCUCAGGCAGCUGGUAAACUGGCGUCGCUUCACACACCAGAGGAGAGACAGUUUGUCCGUCUGCUAGCAAACACACACACACCUGUGUGGCUGGGUGGAUACCAGGAACAGCAGAACGGCUCUUGGUUUUGGAGCGACAACUCCCCCUUCAGGAUGAGUGAUUGGACCAAUCAGAGGCAGGGAAAGACCAGCGAGGGCGGGGCUUGCAUGGAAAUGGAACCAAAAAGUGGAAAGCUGCACAGCGCCCCCUGUGGAGAGCUCAGGUUCUACUUCUGCUCCAACACAGCCAGCUCCUCUUCAAAAGUCCUCUCCAGCGACAGGAAACCAGGCAUCGUUCCCGUUCUGAGUCUGUUUGAUGUUGUGUGGGGCAACAGCUACUUCUUGGCGGAGGAGAUUCUCCGCUCGUCCUCCUUCCUCAAGGAGCUCUGGUCUGGUCAGCUGACUCACCGCUGCUACAACAACUUCAUGCAGCAGGAGGCGCUCUAUCUGCACAGAGUCAGCAGCACACUGGAGGCCCUGAUGUGUAGUUUACAGGAAGCAGAUGAGAACACAAAAUCACUGCUGCUGGACACACUUCAACACUACAGCAGCAGAAACAAGAGCCCCCUCACUUCGCCUCCCCCACAGUGGCUCCCCUUCGCCCUGCAGUCUUUCCACUCUGUGGUUUUGGAGGAGCCGAUCUAUUGGCUGGUGGCCCUGUCGGCCCGGGCCUGCCUCCGGGACUUUUUGGCUGAGCUCAAGCCCGGUUCCCCGCUGGUGUCUGGGUCUGAGGAUAAGGCCUACAGCAUCUACCAGGAGUGGAGUGAAGAGAGUCUGAAGGAGGUCGCCUGGAUCCGCAGGUUCAGAAAAGUGACAGAGGAAUACCAAGAUCAGAUGGACAUGUAUAAAGCCAUAAACAUCUUCAGACAGCACAUGAUGAACCAGAAGAGUUUCUACAAGGCUGCAGACUGUGAUGUAGGGGAUGAAAACAUAUGAAGAGUUGUUGGCCUGCUGGUGAAGCUAACAGGACAUUAGACAACUCCUCUCACGUCCAACUCAGUCUAUUUAUUUUCAGGGUUUUCCCAGACAAACAAACAGACCUCCUCUCCACUGCAGUCAAGGAAAUGACUUCUCUUCUACAAGUUUGUGUGUAGUUAUGAUAACAUCGUGGCAAGAAUGACACAGGGAAGAGCAGAGUUGUUUUUCUAAAGCGCUCUACUCCCUGUUGGCACCUGCAGUCCCAAUUACACAAUCAUUCACAUUACUUGCAAACUAAAUCAUAAAAACCUUGGUUACCAUUUGUUAGAUUGAAAGCUAUGAUUAGCUUGUUUACUAUAUUUACUACUAUGUUGCUGUUCUUCUACAAGAUGAAGGAUAUCCUGGAUAAGAGAGCAUCUGUAAAUAAAUAAUAAUGAACAAACCAACAA